GAUAGCAAACCGUUACGCUUUCCAAGUGAAGGAGUCGCUCUCGCUGCAGUUGGCAGCUGAACGUCGUAUGACAUAUGUUUACAGACUGAUCAACGGAGUGUGUUGUGGCGGCGGGUGCGGUGCUUGGGGUGGAAAGCAAGGACGUGUUCUCGAGCAGUGUGGAAGUGACCCGGUGGCACAAAUCGGUCCUUGUGCGCUGCUUCGGUAUCCGAACGCCAAAUGCAAGCUACCAGGACAAUAAUGACAAUGAUGCUGCUGCUUCUGCUUCAGUUAUGGUCUGUUAGUUCUCUACAAAAGAGUGUGAGAGGAACGACGACUUCCUUGGCCAGUGUCACAUGGGACGGCACGAACGGCCGCUUCGAUGUUCAUGAUGGCAAUCGCUCUGACGCUAUCGCGUGGGGAAAUUUUACAAACGACAUCAACAACACAGGUUGGUCUUACCUAGAAAUCUACACGAAUUCAUUCUUCAUGGACCACCAACAGGCGUACGCGGCUGGCCUCGUUGAGGCCCGCUUAACGAGGGACUUAAUAAAAAAACAGUUUAACAACGUGUAUGGAAACUACUGCAGAGAUGACCCGGUGUACUGUCACAAACUGUACGGCUACCUCGAGACCAACAUAGCAUUCAUGCUGAACGCAACAAGAGAGCAAAGCAUGUCGGAUCCUUACUGGCAUCAAGUGGGACUGAUGCUUAUUCAGCUUGCGGGUAUCCAGACAGGCAUGACCGGUGCUCCCAACUACGUCUAUGUUGGAGAUAACCUGACCCCAAAUGUUUCGGACGUCUUGAUACUCAACCUGCACGGCGACCUAAAUGAUCUGCAGCAAAAGUUCAACUGGACUGGGGUUCAAACUCGGCGAACACAUUUGGGGUCCAGUUCCUGCUCUGCCAUUGUAAAACCUGCCCCAGGGAACGAGGACCUGUACUUUGCCCACACUACGUGGACAGGCUACAAUACUAUGCUGAGGAUUCUGAAGAAGUAUACUUUAUUGUACCAUACUGGCCUCUUUGGAAAAGAAAGUGUCCCCGGAACAUCCAUCACGUUCCCUUCCUACCCUGGCAGAUUGUUUUCCGGAGACGAUUUUUAUCUUGUGAACACGGGGCUUGCUACCAUGGAAACCACAAUAGGAAACGAGAACGCCGAACUGUGGAAAGAUGUCAAACCGAUUGGCACUGUACAGGAGUGGAUCCGUAACAUGGUUGCCAACCGCCUUGCAACCACAGGCCAAGAGUGGACAACUAUCUUUUCUAGAUAUAACAGUGGAACGUACAACAACCAAUGGAUGGUCUUGGACUACAAACGCUUCAUACGGGGAGAGGCAGCGCUCCAGAAUGGGCUCCUCUGGGUUCUUGAGCAGAUUCCGGGAACGAUUACUUCGGCUGAUGUUACUUCAGUCCUACGAGAGCAAGGAUAUUGGGCCAGCUAUAACUCUCCUUAUUUCCCGAAUAUCUUCAACAAGAGCGGUCUUCCCGAACUGGUUGAGAGAUACGGGGACUGGUACUCUUAUGAUCGGUCGCCUCGUGCUCGCAUAUUCCGCAGGGACCAGGGCACAGUCACCGACAUCGCAUCCCUGAUCCACCUUAUGAGGUACAACGAUUUCGAACACGAUCCCCUGUCUUUCUGUGACCAAUGUGAACCAAAGCCGAACGCCGAGAACUCUAUCGCCGCCCGAAGUGACCUGAACUCCGCCAACGGGACUUAUCCCUUCUACGCACUCACAAGACGUCCGCAUGGUGCCACGGACCUCAAGGUGACCACCUGGACUCUAUUCCACAAGAUGCAAUUCUGGGCCAUCAGCGGUCCCACGUCUCAGCAGCAACCCCCUUUCCGCUGGAGCACGUCGGGCUUUGACGACGUGGUCCACGACGGCCACCCGGAUCUAUGGGAGUUUCCAGCCGUUCUGCAUAAAUGGCAGAACUCAUGAGGAGGACCGUGAAGAACCGUGAAGGAUUGUGAAUCCAUUCACCAAUAAAUCUUUAGCACUUG